GGCGCCCAGCUGAAUCCUUCAAAUAGCUGGUUUAUAACGAAGUUGUUUUGCUUCAUCCGCUGUUGAAGAUCUGCAGACCACCAAGAGGAACAGAUUUGGUGACUUUGACAAUAUAAAGCUCUGAGUUGAAGCAACAAAAGCGCUCCUAUGUUGGUAAAAGAAGAUGAAAGGACAUGAUUUGGGAAAGGACUGCCUGGCAGCUGGUUCUGCGUACAGAGCCGUACCAUCCAGAGAGACCUUACCCGGACCUGACGGAGACCAUUAUGAGCUGUCUAAAGUGCAGGAUGCUUUUGAAACGGCGGCGAGAGCUGAAGGCGGACUCUCUUUGGACCGAGGCAAUGCCGCUGACGCUAAAGAGUUGGAGGAGGACGCUGCCGGGAGAAGCAAAUACCACCACAGUGUCUGUGUGCUCAAGCCCAUCCGCUCCACCAGCAAGUAUCAGCAUCCAGUGGACAACGCCGGCCUGUUCUCUUUUAUGACAUUUAACUGGUUGACCUCGCUGGCCGUGCUGGCCCAUAAGAAGGGUCAGCUGUUUUUGGAGGACAUAUGGGCCGUUUCACAGUUUGAGAGCUGCGAGAUCAAUCGUCGAAGGCUGGCGGGACUGUGGGAAGAAGAAAUCAGGUCACGAGGAGACGACGCGUCUCUUCGUCGUGUGGUCUGGCAUUUUUGCCGCACGCGUCUGCUGCUGUCCAUCCUCUGCCUUAUGGUUACUCAACUGGCAGGCUUCAGUGGCCCAGCGUUUGUGGUUUGGCGGUUACUGGAGUACACGCAGAGGAGUGAACCCGACCUGCCCUACGGCCUGCUGCUGGUGCUGGGCCUCUUGGCCACCGAGCUGAUUCGCUCCUGGUCGCUCGCCCUCACCUGGGCGCUCAACUACCGCACCGGCACCCGCCUGCGUGGAGCCAUCCUGACCAUGGCCUUCCACAAGAUACUGCGGCUGCGCAGCCUCCGGGAGAAGAGCAUGGGAGAGCUGAUCAAUAUGUGUUCGGGGGACGGGCAGCGCAUGUUUGAAGCCGCUGCUGUGGGGAGUCUGCUGGCUGGAGGACCCCUGGUGGCCGUGUUGGGAAUGGCGUACAACUUGUUUGUGUUGGGCCCGACUUCCCUGCUAGGCUCAGCCGUGUUCAUUCUGUUCUAUCCUACUAUGAUGUUUAGCUCCAGGCUGACGGCGUACUUCAGGAGGAAGGGAGUCGCUGUGACUGACCAGCGCGUGCAAAAGAUGAACGAGAUUUUGAACUACAUCAAAUUCAUUAAGAUGUACGCCUGGGUUAAGGCUUUCUCACAAGCUGUCAGAAGAAUAAGAGAUGAGGAGCGGCAGAUCCUGGAACGAACAGGGUAUUUUCAGAGCAUUACAGUUGGCGUGGCACCUAUCGUGGUGGUGAUCGCCAGCGUGGCCACAUUCUCCACCCACAUGUUGCUCGGUUAUGACCUCACUGCGGCACAGGCAUUUACUGUCGUCACUGUUUUCAAUGCCAUGACGUUUGCGUUGAAGGUCACUCCCUUUUCUGUCAAGUCUCUCUCUGAGGCUUCUGUCGCCAUCGACAGAUUUAAGAGUUUGCUCCUGAUGGCCGAGGUCAAGAUGAUCCGUGAGCUGCCCAGAAAUCCAUCCGUUGCUGUUGAGAUGAGCGGAGCCAGCCUGGCCUGGGAGACGGGAGGUCACAGCGCCCAGCCUUCGCCCCGAGGCACACCUCAUGUAGGAACGCGAGGCUGCCGCAAGAAGCGACGACAGCGCGACGUCCCAAAACAUCACGCCAUAUUGGAAGAAGAAACCCACGGCCAGCUGCUGAAUGACGUGUCUGGAGAAAUGGCGUCCAGUCCUGAAGAUCAGACUCUUCACGUGCCGACCAUCAGCCAACGUCUGCAGCGAACUCUCCACUGCAUCGACCUCUCCAUCCAGAAGGGGAAGCUGGUCGGAGUGUGUGGUAGUGUGGGAAGCGGGAAAACAUCUCUCAUCUCUGCCAUUCUGGGCCAGAUGACUCUGUUGGAGGGUACCGUGGCUGUUGAUGGAGAUUUUGCAUAUGUGGCACAGCAGGCCUGGAUUCUCAAUGCAUCCUUCCGUGAUAAUAUCCUGUUUGGGAAGGAAAUGGAGGAAGAAAGGUAUCAGGCUAUUCUGAGCGCUUGCUGCUUGAGACCAGACUUGGCCAUCUUGCCUAGUGGUGACCUUACUGAGAUUGGAGAACGUGGUGCCAACCUGAGCGGAGGUCAGCGGCAGCGGAUAAGCCUGGCUCGAGCUUUAUACAGCAACAGAGGCAUUUACAUUUUGGAUGACCCUUUAAGUGCUCUGGAUGCACAUGUGGGAAAUCACAUUUUCAACAACGCCAUUAAGAAGCAGCUGCGUGGAAAGACCGUCAUCUUCGUCACUCAUCAGCUACAGUAUCUGGUGGACUGUGAUGACGUGAUCGUCAUGCGUGACGGUAGCAUCACAGAGCAGGGCAGUCAUGAGGACCUGAUGAAUGUGAAUGGAGAUUACGCCGCCAUGUUCAACAACCUUCAGCUCGGAGAAACGCCCAUCAUCGAGGUUCCGAAUAAGAAGUCUGGGAGCUCCCUGAAAAAACCCUUGGAGAAGAGCAAGGCAGGAUCUGUCAAAAAAGAAAAAUCAACCACCCAGGGCGAUGGUCAGCUGAUGCAGGUGGAGGAGAGAGGGAAAGGCUCGGUGCCCUGGGCUGUGUAUAAAGUAUACAUCCAGGCUUUAGGAGGCUGGCCCGUCUUCCUCUUCAUCCUGGCUCUCUUCAUCCUCAAUGUGGGAAGCACAGCCUUCAGCAACUGGUGGCUCAGCUACUGGAUCAAGCAGGGCAGCGGGAACACCACAGUGCAGGUGGGCAACAGUUCAGUGCUGAGCGAGAGCAUGCGAGAUAACCCUCUGAUGCAGCACUACGCUGCCGUCUACACCAUGUCUAUGGGAGUCAUGCUGCUCCUCAAACUGCUGAGAGGCAUUGUGUUUGUCAAGGGUACUCUGCGUGCUUCCUCGAGGCUCCAUGAUGAACUUUUCCAGAAGAUUCUUCGCAGUCCAAUGAAAUUUUUUGACACAACGCCCACAGCUCGCAUCCUCAACAGAUUCUCCAAAGAUAUGGAUGAAGUGGACACGCGUCUGCCAUUUCAGGCUGAGAUGUUCAUCCAGAACGUGAUUCUGGUGCUCUUCUGCUUGGCUGUGAUCGGCAGUGUUUUCCCCUGGUUCCUGGUGGCCGUCGGGCCGCUCGUCCUCCUGUUUACGGUGCUUCAUGUGGUUUCUCGGGUCUUCAUUCGAGAACUCAAACGAUUAGACAACGUCACACAGUCGCCUUUCCUGUCCCACAUCGCCUCCAGCAUUCAGGGCCUGACCACCGUUCAUGCGUACGGGAAAGAGGACGAGUUCCUCCACAGGUAUCAGGAGUUGCUGGAUCAGAAUCAGGCUCCUUUCUAUCUGUUCAGCUGUGCCAUGCGCUGGCUGGCUGUGCGUCUGGAUGUGAUUAGCGUGGCUCUCAUUAGCAUCACAGCUUUGAUGAUUGUCCUCAUGCAUGGUCAGAUUCCUCCUGCGUAUGCAGGCUUGGCCAUUUCCUAUGCUGUACAGCUGACAGGAUUAUUCCAGUUUACUGUCCGCUUGGCCUCUGAGACUGAAGCUCGGUUCACCUCAGUGGAGAGAAUCCAUCAUUACAUUAAGUCUCUGUCUUUGGAGGCUCCAGCGCGGGUGAAGAACAAGGCUCCUCCAUCUGACUGGCCUCAGGAGGGUGAGAUUGUGUUCGACCAAACAGAGAUGAAGUACAGAGACAACCUGCCGCUGAUACUGAAGAAAGUCUCCUUCACCGUUCGACCAAAGGAGAAGAUCGGCAUUGUGGGAAGAACAGGCUCAGGGAAGUCUUCUCUCGGGGUGGUGCUCUACCGGCUGGUGGAACCGUGUGGAGGCUCCAUUAAGAUUGAUGGCGUGAACAUCUGUGACAUCGGUCUAGCAGAUGUGCGCAGCAAGCUGUCAAUCAUUCCACAGGAGCCGGUGCUUUUCAGUGGUACUGUCAGGUCCAACCUGGAUCCAUUCAGCCAGUAUUCAGAGGCGCAAAUCUGGGAUGCCCUGGAGAGGACGCACAUGAAAGAAUGUGUGUCUCAGCUGCCUUUAAAGCUGGAGUCUGAGGUGGUGGAAAAUGGGGAGAAUUUCUCUGUGGGUGAAAGACAGCUGCUCUGCGUGGCCAGAGUCCUUCUCAGACAGUGCAAGAUCUUGAUCCUGGAUGAGGCCACCGCGGCUAUGGACACAGAGACCGACUGUUUGAUUCAGGAGACCAUUCGUAACGCUUUCCAGGACUGCACCACUCUGACCAUUGCACACAGAGUUCAUACGGUGCUCAGCUGCGACCGCAUCAUGGUGCUCAAUCAGGGCCAGGUGGUGGAGUUCGACGAGCCGUCCAAGCUCUUGGCGAACGAAAACUCGCGCUUCUGUGCAAUGCUGGCAGCGGUGGAGAACAAAAUCUCUGUAAGAGGCUGAAGGACGUCCGAGCCAAGGUUUCACCGACUCUCCCAAGGACUGAAGGGAAGAUUCUCCAUUAAUAUUCCAGUCAUUGCUGCUUCAAUGUUCCUCCCUCCUGCAAACCUUCGGGGACCUACGGAGGGAGAUUAUUGUAUUUCCAUGAAACUCAUGGGCUGUCAUUAGGGGCAUGCCUGUUAAGAUGUACUACUCGUCAGCUUCAAUGGUUAGGUCAAGAAACACUGAUACUGUAAUGAUAUUUACACGACGGAGAGGGGAAAUCAGUUUUCAUGUAGUUUGAUUCAUGCAAACUGGUAUGUUUCACAGAGUACACAUCUCUGUUUAUACAGAGUUCUUUUGUACUGAUUCUGCUGGUCUUUGUACAGUAUGUAAUGUAUAUAUACACACAUUCAGAUGUAUCAUCUUUCAUUACGAUUGAAUAUUUUUGACAACUCGACUGUCUUCAGUACAUGUGUAAGUGUUGUCUUGUGACUUGAACCCUAAACUUUGGCACAGGUGAUGUUGAUGUCCGCAGGAUGUUUUACGAGCACUGAGUAGACGGGACUCUUUUCUGAUAAACAGUGCUGCUUAUUUGCUGUAUCCUUGCUCAGCACACCAAGGAUUCAGUCUUAUUUAGCUAAGAGGCCUUUGUAUAUUUCUAGCCUGUUUCCACUGUUGACAUUUUUGCCUGUUCCUUUUGUUUUCCCUCUUACGUGGUCAUCUUUUGCUCUAGCAAGGCGUUUCUCAUUUUGGCUUAUUUUUGCACUUGAAUCCUUCGCCUCUGUAAGAGGUCGGAGAUCUUGGUCCCAAAAGAGAUGCUCGUUGAGCAGAAUCUAAUCGGGCCUUUUGUUUUUUCAUGUGUUAUUAUGUUCUUUCACAGCUCUGGUACAAGGAGAUAGCGCUGAAUGGACCUUCUGAAUCAGGUUGUGAGGGUAUUUUGUGGUCUGCAUAAAGGGGAAUCUGAUUUUCCCUCAUCAGAUCCUGCAAAACAACAAAAAACGCGUCGUCUUUUCCAUUUCUUUCCAUAGCCUUAGCAUGAUUUCUUAAUUGCCUUGUGAAAAGGGUGGAAAGAGAGCUGGAGAGAGAGAACACGCUCUCCGCUGUCUCAAUAAAUUUAUUUUAGGUUUA